GUGGGCUAUCUGCUGAUGCUGGCCGUGAUGGUGUACAACGUGCACCUGCUGCUCGCCGUGGUCUUCGGGAUGAUGCUGGGCUACUUCUUAUUCGGACCAAAGCUGACGCGGUUGCAGAUGCAGUGUUUCAGCACGAAGCGCAAUGUCAUAUGCACUCCCGAAUGCGACGAUACUGCUGAAACAUCGACGCCGCCAUUGCUAGACUCCGCACAGAGUUCCGACUCGGAGUUAUACGUGUGUCGCACGCGCAGCUGCAUCCAACCAUCGCACUACUUCCCCGCCGCGCCGCAAGAUGGCUCCACCGGCGAGCCGUCCAACGCCACCUGCUACUACGGCGCUAAGCAGUGCCCCUCAAGACUUGCUCGCGCCAAGAAAGCCGAAGAAUCCCGCAGACAUUACACAGAAAGCGAAAAGGAGGACAGCCCUAGCGUAGAAGACGUCCAACUACUGCGAACGGAAAGGCAGGGCUGCUGUAAGAAGAAACAGGAACCCCCGCCCGAAGAGAAAUGCUGUAAGUCUAGUCACGAAGUUGUCAUCGAAACGGACGUCCAUCACGAGAAUGAAGCAAGUAGGGAGGACUCGAGAGAGGACAGUCCUCAGAUCUCGUGCUGCCACAAUGCUAAGGCGCCGACUGAGAGCCAGGAACAAAUCAUACCGUAGCUCAAUCACCAUACGUACUGAAAUUGUAAAUAGGAAUAUAUUUUUUUACUAGCUAUUCAUAGUGACUGAUGGUGCUUAGUUGUAAGCUUUUUCGACGUUGUUUCAUAACCGUAAUCCAUGAAUUUAUUAUUGUUACCGUUCGUUAGUAACGGGGGUGGUCGUAUGUCCCGGCGAUAUUACCAUCAGAACGUCCAGAUUAUAUCUGGUUGCUUCUAUGGGACUGUUAAGAAUUUGUUAAGUGGUAGUUAGUAGUUAAUUGGUCACAAUAUUAUUUUAUGUUGUACAUAAACGCGAAUUGUUGGUCAUAAUAUUGGGACCUGAUUUUUUUAUACAGGAGCUAUACACGAACACAUUUGAAAUUAUUUAUUUUUUGUAAAGUUUUAGCUUUUGGCACUAGGUGUCGUGACGUGAUUGGGUGCAAUAAUCUUUUCUGUAGUUGAGUUAUAAUAAUUUACAUGACAUAUCAUUUAGCUGUAUAGAAUAUUGUUAAAAAAUAGUUAUACAACCACGAGGGUGCUUUAGUAUAAUUUAGUUAUUGCCAUAAAUAUUACCUGAUUUGUCGACAGCUUUAGGAUAUUUCAUCAAUUUACGAAUACUCUUUAUUUAUCAAAGUCUAAGAUCGACCUUUAUCAUCGACAGUAUUUUCGGUUAUUGGGUGUCAGACUAGUCGGCCGAUAGUUUGAUCGGGCUGUUAAUCAGUAUAAACAUGUAUGAAAGUGCGCAUAUUACACCGAUUUCGUAUCGGCCGAUUAUACAUACAAAUUCGAAGCCACAUACGUGUAGAAAUUAACUACACAUUUCAGUGUUGCAUGAUUGAAUAAUGAAUGUUCAGAGCAGCGUAUUAAUUGUUGGAACGUUGCUCUGCCUGUGUAUACCAAAGACAAUAAACGGUGACUAGAAAUUAAAUUACAUUUGCAAUGAAUGAAUAAACGAAUUUGAUUUGAAAAAAAAAAAAGAUUCUGUCGCUAACCGUGGUUUAUUACGUAAGAUACUGUGAUAGUAUGGCCUUCCCCUACAAUAUAAGAACGUUAUUGUCUCUUCACAACUACGAAAAAAACGUGUUUAGUUAAAUGGGAAAACUGUUAUAUUUAUUUUUAAAUUAAUUUUAGCUAUGUAUGUUAUUUUAAUAUUAACGUAUGUAACUGGCACGAGAUAUUUUUGUGCAACAAGUGCCUCGACUCGGUCGUCCUGAUUUGCGUGCCAAAUGUUUUAAAAUGUUGUAAUAAAUUGUUUCCUUUUCUGUAUAUUACGUAAAAAGUUAUGUAGAAAUAU